AUGAAGUUGUGGGUUGCACUCGUGUCGAGAAUUGUCGUUGUUGGCUUCCCACCUAUAGUGACGUCGAGCAUUGCCGUUAUUGGCUUCCCACUUUUGGGAACAUGUCUCAUGGCAGAUUACUUCAUCGAGCGUCCGAUCUUUAGGGAGGAAGAAUUUCGUCGGAGUAUGGGGGAAUCAACUACACUAGAGUGCAUGAAGAAGUUUUGCCAACAAGUGGUAGGUAUUUUUGGUCCGCAGUAUCUCCGGGCUCCAACAAAGGCUGACCUCCAAAGGCUUCUUGCUAGGGCUGAUCAGCGGGGAUUUCCAGAUAUGAUCGGAAGCAUUGACUGCAUGCAUUGGGAGUGGAAGAACUGCCGAACCGGGUGGCAUGGGGCUUACAGUGGCCGGAAGGGUCGUCCCACCGUUAUUUUAGAGGCGGUGGCCUCGCAUGACACGUGGGUAUGGCACGCUUUCUUUAGUGUGCCAGGAGCUCAAAAUGAUAUUAACGUGCUCGACCAAUCACCAGUCUUUUAA